UUCAAAAUGGCGGCAAAAAUUCGUGGAGUUCUAAUCGAUCUUAGCGGCACAAUUCACGUUGAAAAUUCAGUAAUUCCCGGUUCUAUACAAGCUCUUAAAAGACUUCGAGAAUCUGGCGUCACUGUCCGAUUUGUUACCAAUACUACAAAAGAAUCAAAGGGCACCUUACUGAAGCGUUUGACUGGCAUAGGAUUUGAUAUACAAGCAGAAGAAGUUUUUACUUCACUGACUGCGGCUCGUCGACUAAUUGAUCAGAGAAGCCUGCGUCCAAUGUUGUUGUUGCAAUCGGACGCCAUUGAAGACUUUAAAGGCGUUGAUGUGAAUGAUCCAAAUGCUGUAGUAGUAGGACUUGCUCCUGAUUGUUUCAAUUAUGAAAUUUUGAACAAAGCAUUCAGGCUUUUGCUGGAGGGUUGCCCUCUCAUCGCAAUUCACAAAGUGCGAUACUACAAAAAAGGGGAUGGACUGGCACUAGGUCCAGGCCCCUUUGUCACUGCUCUUGAAUUUGCCACAGAUGUCAAAGCUGAAGUUGUUGGCAAACCACAAGCUUCCUUUUUUAGACAGGCACUGAGUGAAAUUGGCUGUGAUGUACAAUCUGCAGUCAUGAUUGGAGAUGAUGCAAGGGAUGACAUUGGUGGAGCAGAAUCCAUUGGGAUCAAAGGAUUUCUUGUUCAAACAGGUAAAUACCGAGAUGGCGAUGAACAUCACCUUGAAAAGCCUCCCUUUGCAGUCUGUAAAGACUUCUCUGCAGCAGUGGAUCAAAUACUUGCAUUGUUAUGAUGUUGCUAAGGGAAAAUCAGUUAGGGCAUCGUAACUCAUG